GCGACGCGCGGCUACGCGGUUGCCAAGCAACCGUGGACCACGCCAGGGACCCUCAGAGGGGCCUGGUUGCCGAGGCGACUGUUGGGUCGCGGCCACUGCAGCUACAGCGAUGGAGGGUCCUGAAGGCAGCUGAAACAACGCCUUGGAUUGACUGUCGCGACAAUGUCACACGAAGGCUCGAGGCAGGCACGAGACCGUGGGGCGACCCGAUCCAAGGCAGAAAAAGCCCGGCCACCCACCCAGCCGGUGCCGCAGGUGGACAUCGUGCCUGGGCGGCUCAAUGAGGCAGAAUGGAUUUCGUUUCUGUCUCUGGAGGAAGGCGAGGACGUAGUGGGUGACAUCUUGGCCGACCUUGUGACUCGAGUUAUGGAGUGUGCCUUCAAAGUCUAUCUGACCCAGCAGUGCGUUCCAUUCACCAUUAGCCAGGCUCGAGAGGCCAUGCUGCAGAUCACUGAGUGGCGCUUCCUGGCCCGAGAUGAGGGAGAAUCUGCAGUGGCUGAGGACCCCACGUGGGGCGAGGAUGAGGAGCCCCUGGCAUGCACCACGGAUGCCUGGGCCCAGGGCUCCGUGCCUGUACUGCACACACCGGCGCCCGUUGGUGUAGAGGAGCACUUCCACAAUGAAGAACCUAGGAACCAGGACCAGUUCCUUAUAGGCUCAUCGUGGGACAGAGAAUUUCAGGAGCCGACACAAUCUUCAGAACCUUCUGCCGAGCCCAGAGUCACUCCGAAACCCAUUCCCACCUUGGAGGUGUUUGAGGCUGAGCCCGGGGAUGCCUUGGAAGUACCCCACGGCCAAGAGGGAAGCCGUACCUCGGUUGUGCCCUCGAAGGAGUCUUUACGACCUACGCCAGAAGUCGAGCGCGUCUGCAGCCCCCAAUCUUACCUGAGGCUGCCCCAAUCAGGAGUCUACGUGCAGGCCUCUGACCAGAAGGGGUUGUCCUCCAGCCCACACCUGUCGCUUGAGGAUCUUUACUACUGCUUGCCCCAGCCAGACGCGGCAGGGGACCGGCUGAGCGCGAAGAGCAAGGGCCAGCUCCGCAGCUGUUCGACAGGCUCGGUGUCCCUCCUCAGUACGUUCACCCCGAUAGACUCCUCCGGGCUCCAGAAGCCUGAAAGCUUGGAAGUGCGGUCAAGCUCCAAGACAGCCACGUUGCGCCUGGAUUCCUCGCGGCUGGAUUCCUCGCGGCUGCCCCGCCACUGGGUGCGCCCCAUGGCCGAGGUCCUGAUCCCAGACCUCGAAGUGCGCCCUUUGGAAAUAUAUCGCGGGCGCACGGGGAAGAGUGAAGCUGGGGCCAGAACCUCAUCAUUCGAGUUCCAGGCCCUCAGCUCUAGUGCGCACCCCAAACUCCACGUCUCUACCCCAAGGUUCCCACUCCAGAGGUGUGCUACGUUCCGUGCUUUGGGCUCGGAUCCCACUUUAAACUUGGCCCAAACCACACCGUCCUUCGGGUCAAACUUGCCAUUCCUCAGCCCCGGGUUCCGCUUCCUCGCUAGAAACUCAAUCCCUCCAGACGUCGCCAGUCCCCCCACCCCCAAACUAUGGCCCCUAGCUAAGUGGCCAAGUGGCUGGGAGCGGGAGGCGGAGCAGCUGGGAGAGCUGUGGGCGGGCCGAACUCGCGUGCCUGCACAGGGCCAGGCACCCGCAGAGGUCACCCCCUUGGAGGAGGACUCUGGAUGGCCCCUAGCGGCGCCCCAGGUCCUCGAGACUACGUCCCAGGUGUUGUGGAAGCCCAUGGUUAUUUCAGAAACCAUGAAGCUAGUUCCAGGUGUGAGUAUGUGGAACCGGGGCACCCAGGAGCUGCUCAACCCUGCUGCCAUUCAGGAGGAGGCUGAAGAAGGCAGCCCCCAGGCGCCUGAACAGCAACCCAUCCAGACAGGUGUGUCCAAGCCACAGGUGAUUAUGAGACAGCAAAGGAACGAGACUCCCAAAGCCUGGCUGCUCCCCACCAAGCCUGUGCCCCACUCUGGGUCCUGAGCUUCCAUACUGGGAAUUGGACCUUGCUCAAAAUAAACGCAUUGCCGCAUAAACCGA